AAGGGGACCCACCAACAUAUGAACAUAGGCUUAGAAAAUCUUGCAGGCACAGGCACAGGCACAGGCACCAUAUGUUGGGCAGGCAGACUUAUUUCUCCAAUCCUGAUGGGUCCCAGCAGAUUGUUUGUGGGCUCCACAUCACAACUAAACCGAGAGAGGGACUCACAGUACAGUACAGUUGGCCGGUAG